AGUGGCUUCGAGAUCGCACAACGACAACCGCCUAGCAGCAACUUUUUUGUGUGAUCAGAUCUGACAACAGCGCAGCUCUUUUCUCUCUCUUUUCUGUGAAGAAUGUAGCAGGAAGCAGCACAGCGACUCAUACGCGAAAUUUGAAGAUCAUGGCUGCAAAACGCAGACAACAAAAAAUGUUCUUCUCUCUGCUGCCCUCACCGUAGUGCCUCGGGCUCCUUGAGAAUAUAGCGCGGGAACUGACCACGAUAUACGACGUCCCUUCGUGAUAGCGGCCUCGGAUCAAGUAUCCAACACCAGUCCGGUGCACGCCGACCCGAAAUACAAUUCGGUACAGCCACAGCCACAAGACGGUCUAGUAGCGGCCGAGACCCUGAGCAGACCACCAGCACCUUUAGGGCAGCGAAGCUACCUGCAACAUGAUCUACUUCGUGUUGAUGGUGAACAAGCAGGGACAGACCCGGCUGUCCCAGUACUACGAGUACAUGACGAUACGGGAAAAAGCGCAGCUCGAAGGCGAACUCAUCCGCAAGUGCCUCAGCAGACACGAGAAUCAGUGCAGCUUCUUGGAGUACAGGCAGUACAAGGUCAUCUACAGGAGAUACGCAUCACUGUACCUAUUAAUUUUUGCUGCGUAAUUGUGACGAAGACGAAGUGAACGUGAUGAAGUUAGUGGAACUUCUAUCUAGAUCUAGAAUGCUGAUGCUCAACGUCAACCAAUUAUUGGAUCCAUCAUGAAACAAAAAUCAGGUAUUUCAUCAUAGGCUGCGACCAGGACGAAAACGAGCUGGGCUACCUUGAGUUCAUCCACACGCUGGUGGAAACGCUCGACAAGUACUUCGAGAAUGUGUGUGAAUUAGACAUCAUGUUCAAUCUCGAGAAAGCGCACUUUAUUCUCGACGAAAUGGUUCUCAAUGGCUGUAUAGUAGACACAAACAAGUACAACGCAUUGAAUCCGCUGUAUUUGAUGGAAAAACAUUCUGCUGGUCAGUGACUUGAUUGAUACUGAAGCAGCACACUUGCAGCUUCAUCAGCAACCGAGCUACGCACUUCGUAUUUUCGCAAGAAAACUUUUGGAAAGUUGUGAC